UGAAAACCAAUACAUUUUAUCUCAAGAGGUAUGAUGUAUUUGUGAAUCUAUGCAUAACAUAUCUUUGGAAACAUACACAGGAGGAUACUAAUAUUGGUUGCCUCUAGGGAAGAGAACUUAGUAUCUAUGGAAUAAGGAUGGGAGGGAGAUUUUUCUCUAUAUGCCUUUUUGAAUCAUCCAGGUAAAUAUAGUACCUACUUAAAAAUGCUUACUUUAAAUUGAACUGUGAAGUGGAAGAUGUGAGCCUUCUGUUUUGAAUUAACUGCCUGCAGACACUUGGAGACGCAGCAGUUACUUAUGGAGACUGCAGUGAGGGAAGAUGGAGUAGAUGUACUUUUUCCUAUUUCUUCACUAAAUACAACUAAACUCCCUGGAUAUUGGAUCUAAAACAAACAUGAGAUGUUUCUAAAAGGUGAAGAGAAGGAGGCACGAGGAACUAGGGACCUCAGGACCUGUGAAAUGACAUGGUGAUGUUUGACCAACAUGUGGAAGUAACCAAGGCGAAUCAAGAAGAAGAAAUCUACAUCUUGGGAGAGGCACUAUGGUUGGAGAGUGGCUGGAAUAGGAAAAAUCAUCAUCUGGUUGUCUGGCACCAUCAAAGAAUUGCAUUUCUGACCCAACAAGAGCUUGUGGGUAGUUGGGGGUGGGAUGGAGGCUGGGGAGAGGAUUGAUGCCAGCCAGCUGCCUCACAGGGUGCUGGAAACACGUGGCCAUGCCAUUAGCAUCCUAUUCGGCUUCUGGAUGAGUUUCAUCUGUGACACCUACAUAGUCCUCGCUUAGAUCAGCAGAGUAAAAGGCAGCCCUGGUGUUAGUGCCUCCUCUGAUGAGCCACAUGCCAGAAUCCAGCAGAGUAAAAGGCAAAGCCAUGCAGAAGAGGACCAAAGUCAGGUGCCAGAAGCAGGUGACAUCUCCACUUUCAGUUCUUUGGAGGCAGCUAUUUUAAUAGAGCCACUUUAGUGCAGCUAUUUUGACAUGAAGAUAUUUUGGUAUGGCUUGAAAAUUCAGCUGAUAAAUGUUCAGUUUUUUAAAAAAUAAAUGAUGAGUAAAAUAGG